AUCCCCAAGCCCACACGCGCACACGCAUCCGCUCCAUCCAUCCGCCCCUUGCGCUAGUGUUCGCAGGCAGUCGGCACCGCGCACCCUGCCCACCGUCUUCGAAGCUUCUCCUCUCUAUCUACUGACUCCCCUCUCCCCGUCCCGUCCCGUCCUCGCCACCCCACUCCGCCCCGACGAGAGACGGCCAGGCCAGCGGCGAUCUUCUUCUUCUUCUUCUUCUUCCCCCGCGUCCAGCCGCCGAGGCGGCCCCCCACCCGCGUCAAGCCCUACGCGGGCCCAGCGAGUGCAGGAACAAAAUUAUACUGCCUUGGUGAUCUCCCCUGUGGAACAGCUUCCCUCAGUACUAGCAUAGAUCUACUGUGCAUUGCCGUGGCUUUGCAUACACCUGUAAUUUUUGUUAGUCACUGAGGGUGGUGCAUUUGACAAUGGCUUCACGAUCAAAGAGCGAUGAUGACAAGGCUCUUGUCUUGUGCCAGGAAAGAAAACGGUUUGUCAGAGAAGCUCUUGAUGGAAGAUGUGCUUUUGCAGCUGCUCAUUUCGCUUAUAUUCAGUCACUUAGGCACACAGGAUUUGCUCUGAGAAAAUUCAUAGAGCCUGAAGUGCCAACAGAUUCAUCCCUGUUCACAUCAACAUCUGCCACUCCGGAGAUUCCCACCAUCAGGCAGAAAUCGAUGAACCUUUCCCCAUCCCUUUCACAUCAUGCUAGUGACUCUUUCUCCCCAGUUCCAUCACCUUUGUCUUCAGGACGUUUCCAUGUCAACCAUAUGAAAGCUGGAGGGAGCUCAGUGACAACUGUUAAGGAGAAGUUGCUUGAACCUGUAAGAGCCACUCUGCAAACAUCAUCCCCUGUGCGUAGACAAGCUAUCCAUGAUCUGGAUGACAGUUCCACAUUUGAAGCUCCUCCCGGGACACCACCUUGGGACUACUUUGGCCUUUUUCAACCUGUUGAGAACCAGAUCUCAUUUCAUGAUGAGAAGGAACUUGCUCAUGACUUUGAGAAUGCUGAUGAUAUCAGGCGUCUUCGUGAGAAGGAGGGAAUCCCAGAGCUUGAAGAGGAAUUGGAGAAGUCUCCUGCUCAUUCUGAUUUUAUGCGGCGCCUGGGAGAGGAGGAAGCUCCAGAUCUCAAAGAUGUUGAUAAAUCUCCUAUGAAUGGUGGAGAGGAUGAUCUUGCAUUGUCAGAAGAUGAUUUUGACAAUCCAACGUCUGAAUCUUUAGUACGUAUGUUCAAGAAUCGCAAUGACAUGCCUGUUGGAUACACUGCAACAGCUCAGUCACCUGUACAGCAUCCAACGGAUGAGUUAACUUCGGAAACGAUUGAUUCUCAGACCGCAAGACCAAAAGAUGGCAUGGGAGUUAAUUCUCAGUCUGAAAGACCAAAAGAUGGCAUGAUAGUUGAUUCUCAAGCUGAAAGAUCCAAAGAUGGCACAAGAGUUGAUUCUCAGGCUGAAAGACCAAAAGAUAACAUGAGACUUGAUUCUCAGCCUGAAAGAUCCAAAGAUGGCACAAGAGUUGAUUCUCAGGCUGAAAAACCAAUAGAUGACGCAGGAGUUGAUUCUCAGACUGUAAGACCAAAAGAUGACAAGAGGGCACUGGACAUUAGCAUGUAUGAAAGUGACGGGACUCCUGUGGCGAGCCCUGUGAAAGAAAUUUCAACUUCGACUGCUUCUCUUCCUAUGAAUGGGAAAUCAAAGGAACCUUUUCGUGAUGUAAGGAAUGUGGUGAGGGAUUUAAACUCAUGCAUGAAGGAGAUUGAGAUCUUAUUUAUCAAGGCAUCUGAUUCUGGAAAAGAAGUUCCGAGGAUGCUUGAAGCAGAUAAAGUCAAUUUCCGCCCUUUACUACCAGAAGAAAAAGCACCUGGAUCAACAGCAUCAGGUUUUUUUGCAAAGUUAUUUGCGUGUUGCAGGGAGGAAGUCCCUGUUCCUCAACCUCCUCCUCAGGCUGAAGUGAAGUACCUUACCUGGCAUAGAUCAAUGUCUUCACUUUCUUCUUCAUCUAGAAAUCCUCUUGGGACAACAACAAAAGAUGACACUGAUGGUCUCACUGGAAAUAUCUUUAGUGGCGUAUACAUGAAUGCUGGCAGUCAUGCGUCCACACUGGACAGGUUGUAUGCAUGGGAGAGAAAGCUUUACGACGAAGUCAAGGCAAGCAGUGCAAUUUGCAGGCAAUAUGAUGAGAAAUGUAGGCAACUUAGACACCAGGAAUCAAGAGGAGAAAGCCAAAUGAGUAUUGACAAAACCCGUGCUGUUGUGAAGGAUUUGCACUCCAGAAUUUUAGUGGCCAUUCAGAGAAUAGACAUGAUUUCGAAGAACAUCGAGGAUCUAAGGGACAAAGAGCUUCAGCCACAGCUAGAAGAAUUGAUUGGAAGCUUAACUCGCAUGUGGAAAACAAUGCUUGAGUGUCACUGGAAUCAGCAUGAGAUUAUUAAGCUAGUAUGCAACAGUGGCAGUAUGAAGAUCUCAAUUCGGUCAGAAUCACAGUUACAAGCCACUCUACUUCUCCAGGUUGAGCUAAGCACAUUAUGUUCGAACUUCCAAAAAUGGAUAUCAUCCCACAGAGCAUAUUUGAAUAGCCUAAAUUCAUGGCUGCUCAAGUGCGUGAAGUCACUGCAGCGGAGGAGGAAGAGUUCCAGGAAGAAAAAAGUUGAAGCUGAUCCAAUAACAAAGUAUGCUGUUGCACCCAUAUUUAAAACCUGCGAGAGCUGGAUAAACUUACUGGAUGACUUACCAACCAAGGACUUGGAGGAUGCUAUUAAAGGUCUUGCCACAGAUAUAAACCGUUCUAUGCCACACCAAGAGAAACGGCGUGGUAGCUCGAAGCUGACCUUCUCAUUAUCACAUAGUGGAAGGUUAAAUGGCGAGUUGGGGGACAUCCACAGGAGUGACCCCCCUAUGGAUUUACAAUCAAGUUUGGAGAUGUUCCUAGGGAAGCUUGAAAACUUUUCAGAGGUUUCGUUGCAGAAGUAUAAGGAUCUGAAAGAGGAAAUUGAUGAGGCAAAGACGAAUUAUGAGAAGUGGAAGUAGAUUCGAUGCAGUCAGAACAGUGGCUCUAAUUUCUGGAACAGAACAUAACUAGUCAUUUAGAGAUGGAUGAUUAAAUCGUCCGGGUGUACAUGUUUGUUUAAAUAAUAGGCAUAAAUUACUUUUACCAUUUUUUUAAGUUGCAAGAUAAGCCUAGGAAAAAAUUGUAGAUUACUGGCUAGUGCUGUGCCGCCUUAAGUCUGCCUUAAGUCUGCGGUUGUAAAUGUGAGAUGGUGGUAAUUAAAGUCGGGAAUAUAAAGAUUGUACAUUCAUCCUAGGGUUAUAUCAACAUAUGAGGUAUCCUUCAUUGUUUUCA